AUGAGAUGCAAAGGAUAUAGAACUGUUGUCUGUGUAGGAAUUCCCGAAGACAAACGCGAGCCCUGCUGGAUUUGUCAAAAAGCUCAACAAGGGCCGCCAGGGCCACCAGGGAAUAAAGGGCGUCCGGGACUCCCGGGCUUUCCUGGAGAGCACGGCUAUUCGCCAGUUGGUGUACCAGGACCUCCAGGAGAUCAAGGCCUGCCUGGUGUUCAAGGAGCUCCUGGGCCAAAGGGCAACCCGGGCAGUGUAGGAUACUCUCAAGAAAGCGUGCUAGUCGGAGAGCCGGGUCCACCUGGUCCACCUGGGCCACCUGGAUUCCCGGGAGCGCCAGGUCAGCCAGGACAACCGGGUCCGAAAGGGCCUCCAGGAUUCAUACCUGGAAAUCCGGGUUGGGAAGGAUCUCCCGGAACUCCGGGUGCUCCUGGAGAAGAAGGACCCCCUGGGCUACCAGGCGUUGGUCCUAUCUGUGAUCAUUGCCCCGAACCCGUGCUACAGUCUGGUUUCGGGGGUGAUUCAAGGCAGAAAGUUGAAGUUGUACCAUCCCAGAAGGCACAGGAGGAGGUGCUGAAGAAGGCAAUGAGUAACAUUCUGAAGAACUAA